AUGAACGCCGUCCCCAGGGAACUGCGAUCUCCAGUCACAGAGGCGAUGCUCCUCCACAAGAUAAUUAGCAAGAAGCGCUUUUCUUUCCUCUACUCCGAUAGCUACGAGACUGAGAUAGAAUUUCGUUUGGGGGUCUUUGAGGACUUUUUGAAGCAACGGCUUCGACCCCACAAUCAACGCCUUGUAAGCGAGGCCCUUGUUCACCGGAUUGUCCGCAUGCAGGACUAUGAUAUCAUGGAGGUCGCUGCUCGCCGAGAACCGCGAAAUCCAAUUUCUGACCCCAAGCAACUCCCUGAAAAUAAGAUUUACCAACGAUUCAACGGAAACAUCGGCGAGGAGACGUACCUGCGACUCAUGAAGGCUCUUGUAGCCGCUCAUGUUGCAGGAGAUUCAUCUUCAUUUCUUGGAGCGAAGAUACUCGGCAUCGAGACAAAACAGUUCCGGCAGGACUUGUAUGACUAUAAGGUGGGCGACGUGGUCACAGGUAACUAUCGCGUGCGGACAGACGUUCUGACCGGCAAGCUUCUAGAGGAAGGAUGCAAAAUACAAUUCGAUGUGAGCAAUAUCCACUUUCCGCAUACGUAUAUGUUUGAUGUCCGCUUUGCAAUAGCCAAAGAGUUCAGCAUUGCGGCCGAAAAGAAGAAUGAAAUAAAGGAGUCGUCAAAGCCCAACACCUCAAUAAGGAAGCGCACCUCCUUUCGGACAGAGGACUUCGUCAUCGAUCUCACAUACGUGGAGCGCUAUAACACUGUUGGGGUUCUCGAGGAAAAGCUCUACCAAGCGGAGCUGGAGGUCCUUCCCAAGACCUUUGGAUCUGAGAGCUCAAAGCCUCCGGGCAGGAUAUUCGACGAACUCUUGGCAAACGUGAAGGCACUGAUAGCUUGUGCUUCUGGUCUAACGACUCUCUAUCCUCUUCCGGACAAUUGGAAAGAGAUUAUCGAUCAAUCCAAUGCCCACCUCUCAAGUUCUGUGUAG